AGUUGGUGAAGGAAAUCAUCUCUAACAGAGAUGGGGAAGUCCCAUGUUCCAGCAGGGAAGAGAGGAACACAGAAGAGGAGACAGCAGGGAGGUGAAUGCAAAGGAAAUGUAUGAGGGGAAGGAUGGUUUUUGUGUAUGGAUGUGCAUCUUUGUGAGCAGGAAGCUUAUUACAGAUCAAACCCUCAGAUGUGAGUUGGAGGAAUUGCUCCUUGGCAGUACAAAGGUGACUCAUGGGAGCUGGCAGUCUGCUCUGAGGUUUGAUGCAAGACUGGAAUACUUGGUUUCUUCUAAUUACUGUGUUAUGCAGCACACGGCUUGGCUGGUUUCGGGCCCACGUGGAUGUACAAGCAAUACCAAUAACCAUCUGCCCCAGGAGACCGUCAUGUCUUGGAAGCAGUCGCUGUCUAGCCUGGGUUUGCAUUAAUCCCGUGUCUGGGGGACUCUCAGCUCUCACCAGUCUGCAAGUUGUUGCUGGGACAAGCUAGAAUACCACAGUAGAGGAAGAACAAUGCCCAGUUUUUUAUUUCACUACUCAGAUUUGUUGCCUUGCAAACUUAGACACUGGAGGCAGAAAUGAUUUCCAAGGGUUUUCUGUGGUUCUGUACUAAGGGACUUGGUUUAAUGGGGCAGUAUUGGUGAUAAGUGGAUGGUUGGUCUAGACGAGGUUGGAGGUUUUUUCCAACCUCGGUGUUUCUGUGAUUCUGCACUAAGGGUGCAGGACUCCACAGAAAUCCUCUUUCCCUGCAUCUCCUUUCCUAUUUUAUUGGCAAAUCACUGUGCCAACAGCAUAAAUCUCCUUCCUGGCUGAGUCCAUUCUCUGUCAUUUUCAUGUGGGAGUUUUUGAGGAAACAACCCUGUUGCACUCUUGGGGAUCCUGAUUUCUGUGUCUUGAGGUUUAACAAGCCUGAGGCAGUCUUACCUCAGCUCCUGAUUGCCCUCUAUAUAUCCAUGACUCUUCACAGAAAAGAAGACAGACACACCUCUGGGCACCAGUCAUCUCCACAAUAUUUGUGUUAGCUGGAGGUGAUUAUGAUCCAAGAGAUCAAACCCAGCUGUUACUGGAGUCCUGGCCAGCACAGUGAAGGUCUGAAUAAGGACAAGACUCAAGAGUCACCAGGAGAAGAAGCUCUGUGUGAGCCAGAUUCACAGGAGAUUAACCAAGACCAGGAUCAGGAUGACAGAGACAGCACUUCCACAGACCCCAUGUUGGGCUCCACAAGCCCUGCCAACACACAGCUGAUGCAGUUGAGCUGGGAUAACCCCAUGCAGCAUUCUCACUUCAAAAGAACUGUCCUGUCCAUCUGGAAGAUGAUAGCCAGUCACAGAUGCAGCGGCCCGUUCCUGAAGGCAGUGUCAGAGAAACAAGCCCCUGGAUACAGUGAGGUGGUGAAGAGGCCCAUGGACCUGACCAGCAUCAAGAGGGGUUUGGCCAAGGGUCACAUCCGCUCGUUAGCGCAGUUCCAGUGCAGCCUGAUGCUGAUGUUUCAGAACGCCAUCAUGUACAACGCUGCCAACCACCACGUGCACCGCAUGGCGCUGGAGAUGCGGCGCGAGGUGCUGGAGCAGAUGCAGAUGUUGGGGGAAGCGCUGCUGCGCUCCGAGCACCGCCCGGCAGCGGGACGCAGCGGCCAAACACAAACAGAUCCGGAGGGGAGUGAAGGAGGUGCAGAAAUUCAUCAACAAAGGCGAGAAGGGGAUCACGGUGCUGGCCGGAGACACGCUGCCCAUCGACGUGUACUGCCAUAUCCCCAUCAUGUGCGAAGACAGGAACCUGCCCUACGCCUACGUCCCCUCCAAGUCGUUCUGAACUGGGACCUGGCUGCAAACAGAAAGGAAGCACUGGCCAAGGUGUGGUUUGGGGAGAUGUCCCUCCCUACUCAGACCAAGGGUUAGAGAUGGUCACUGCCUUCUCAUUCCGGGUGAGGAGUGGGAUGCAAGAGGCCGAUGCCAGGCAUUAAUGGCAUGUGUCAGCCCUGCUGGGCUAAACUAAGGAAUGGCUGCUUGGGCUGCAUCAGCAGGAGAGUGGUAUCAAGGCAAGGGAGGUGAUUAUCCCCUCUGCUCUGCCCUUAUGAAGAUCUGCAUCCAGGCCUGGGGCUCUCAGCACAGGAAGGAUGCUGAGCUUUUGGAGCAUGUCCAGAGCAGGACCACCAAGAUGCUCAGAGGGCUGGAGCACCUCUCCUAUAGAAAAGAAAAAGGUUGAGGGAACCAGGCUUAUUCAGAAUGAAGGCGGCUCUGGGGUGACCUUGUUAUUGUACUGGAAAGGAGCUUAUAAGCAGGAGGGUGGCCAACGUUUUACAUGGUUUAAUAGUAACAACACAAGGGGUGAUGGCUUUCUGCUGAGGGAACAUUUGGGUGAGGUGUUAGGAAGAAAUACAUCACUCAGAGGGUGGUGAGGUGCUGGCAUUGCUGCCCUGAGCUGUGGGUGCUCCAUCCCUGGAGGUGCUGGGGGCCACGUGGAAUUGGUGGCUGCUCACCAGCUCACAGCAGGGCUUGGGACUGGGUCAGUUUUAAGGUCCCUUCCAACCUGACUGUUCUGAGUGCUUGCAGGGCCACCUUCCCAUGUCCCAGUGGGGUGCAGGUUGCUCUGUUCAUGCCCCACUACCUGCAGCCUUU